AUGCAGGCGUUCGCGGAGGAUUUCUCCUCGCAUCUCUACCGUCAGGAGGAGGAGCUUCGCGCCCUGCGCUUGGAGCACGCCCGCAAGCGAACGGAACAGGACCAGCGGGGAGGAGCCUUGGAAGACGAGCUGUUCAGGGACGAAGAGCAAGCAUAUCAUGUUGACUUUGAUCUGAAUCCGUUUGCCACGACCGGAUCUUCUGGCGAGUUCGGUGCCUCUACUUCCUCAGCUGGACACGCACAGCAUGAAGAUGCCGACGCCCCCGCCAAGAUGUCUACUUCGGUAUGGACACGUAAGAGCGCCCUCCUUGCCGCCUGCGAGGAACGUUUGGCGGACGCGGAGGAGGAGGGCAAUACGCUGUUGGUGGAAAAGCAAACGCUGCAGAAAAAGCUUGCCGCUGGCGCGAAAGAGGCCGACCGACAGGAACGGUUGGCGACAUCGCUACGACCCCGCGUCGCCCACCAGCGGCGAGAGAGGCGCGUGUUGACGCGGUUGCUCGGACAAGCCCAGCACCACCGAGCGUUCGCGGUGACGCUACUGGAUAUGUUUAGCGUGAUGUCUUCGACGACCGCCAGCACCGCUGUUGAUGUACCACCGUCGGCGAAUGUUGAGCCUGGCGGGGUCGUGUCUCCGCAACAGACAGUGGGAGUAGAUCUUUCCGCGACUGCUGGAAGUUCCGACGCAAAAGUUGUGCAGCAUGUGCAGCAGCUUGCCGAGUGGAUCGCAGAGUUCCUCGACAAUCGGGAAGCGAGGCAUGGUGGGACGAUGGUGCGGACGUCCACCGGGCGAGAAGGGAGCAUGUUGGGCACGAAUCUGAUCCAGGAUUUUUAUUUGAGUGCUGACCGGGAGCGGGUGUUCCAUUUGGUGUUGCGGCUGGGCAGACCGCAUAAUUCUGGUGCUGCGGGUGGCAGGCGGGUAGGAACAAGAAAGACAUCUAGUACAACAAUAUCUUCAAUAAAUUCCCCAAAGCGAGAAUCUUCGGAGCAGAAGCGGCAACUUGCUUACUGGAGCCGAUUUUCGGAGGAUCUGGAGAAGUUUCUUUUGGCGGUUUCAGCUGGUGGUCGCGGCCGGCGCGCGGCACAGUAUCUAGUAUCGCCGCUUCGCCCCGUAACUCUCGUCGACGCGGUCUGUCUCGAUCACCACUCGGACGCGGCGUUUGGGCUGUCCUUUUCCGGUGAGCCGCCAUGGUCGUCCGUGCGCGCGGAAUUCUCGCACGUCGCCACGAACGCGAACAAAAACUCUCGCAACACUUGGGCAGCGCGCGUCGGGUUGUUUCGCGGGACCGCCGCCGCCAACGGCGCUACGUUCUUGUUGGCGCUUGGGCCUGAGGCUGUACUAUCCGGUCGUGCAGGUGGAGGUCGCGUUUCGGGUCGUUCUCGUGCAUCCCGAUUUUCUUCAGGAGGUGCUCCUAGUUUGGGGCCGGAAGACGACGAUCAGGCGGAGGCUACGGAUGAGGAUGUCGAGAAAGAGUUGCAGUUGACGCAGUGUGUUUUCCUGCGGAAAGCGCAACUCGCUCGCACCUUGUUGCAAGACCGACCACUGUAUGAAAUGCAAAAAUGUUUGGGUCUGGAAACUUGUGAUGCUGGCUGGCGUAUCAUGAGGAGGUCACAAGUGCUGGCUCAGCAUGACAUGCAGCAACGCAGAGCGGGAACGAGAGCGAACGUAUACCAAUCGGCAGAUCAUAGGCACACUUUUGCCAAUCGGCACAGUCCGACCGCGAAGUCUUGAGAUCGCGUCUACGCGGACGAGGCGAGCGACACGAAGCAGGCGAAGUGCGGAUGGAUUGGCAGGUUUCCACUCGCGGCAUCGUUUUACGGCCUGGAAGCUCGCCUUCGUUGUAUAGUCAUUAUAGCGUGCUCAUCCCACGGUUGGAGCUAGCUGAGACGCGCCGUACGAGUGUUGCUGGUCUUCGAACAUCAGUCUAUAUGUGAGUAGAUCAAAAACUCCUCGGACUCUGUUCCCGCGCCUGUUGCUAUUUUCCUCGUGCGACAGGUGCCUGCCAGUUUCCGCAUAUUAGAUAUAAAUGAGCGUUGAUUAUUGUGGCGCCUGUGUUUUUCCCUGUCACAGUGUGUCUGCAGCAGCUCAUACAGUGUUAGCGAGAAGUAAGGUAAAGAUAACAUAAGUGCCCGGGGAUGAAGAAAUACUCGCGAUGUUUUUUCGCGGUUCUGACCCUAGAUCUCCUGCGUCCGAAGCUGCUUGCGGCGACGGUGCAAAGGUUUUUGAUGUGGUGCAGUCGGGUAUGCAUGACAAGUUUCUGAGCUUCUAGGUGUUGCCUAUUGUGCAUGACAGACUGCGUUUCUGCAUGACAGAAAAGUGGCGCUCUUGGGUAACGUGCGUGACAGAUUUGGGAGUCAUGCCAGACAAGCAUGACAAACAUGCACUCUUCCAGACCCAGACACUUUUACAUUUGAUACACUGCGGAUGGUUUUUGUGUCGGACUGGGAUCGUCGCCGGCUAACUCGGAGCACGCUGCUAUCAAAAGGAAAAAUCCCCCCACCCCAUAUCAAAAAGGAGUUUCUGAUGCUGGAUUUCAGUACACAAAUCAGAUUUGUUUUGCAGUAGAGUACUGCAGACCCAUAUCAUGCCAAUGUAGAGAGGUUUAGGUUUUGGCCUAAGCACUUAGCAUGAUGAACGUCUCUGCUGUAGGCCCAACAGCAUUACAAACCUCCUGCAUAAUGGGGCGGAGCCUCUGCCGUUGCUUUCUUGCAAGACAGACAAUAUUUGUGGUCACAAAUCAGCAUCGCAAAUUCUCUGAGGCGUUCCUUUUCGAUAUGGGGAGGGGGGAUUUUUCCCUUUGAUAGCUGCGCGAGCUGCUCAGCAACAGUUUCUUUGCCAACAUCCACCUAGUGAACCCCCAAAACGCAGUAUCCAAUGGAGUAGAACUACAGCGUAGUACACCAUGAGAUUCGCACGUUCAAUUGCCACUGACGCGUCCAGCAGUUACCGUUUUCUGCGGUGUCUCACUAUCAGAAGUGCGAACUGCGCAUGCGCUCGAUAGAUAGAUGAGUGAGAGUGACUUAUUCUUGAAGUAGAUGCGACCUCGCUCUGUGGCGAUUUUUAACGAUGCUUGCAAACCAGUGUGGUCAGCGAUUCCAAUCGCGGUGUACUGCGAUUUUUUGUCCGUGCGAUAUUCGAUAUUGUUGCUAGAAGAGGAACGUGAAAGACUGCGCGUUGCACUGAAGUGGAGCAUCGGCGACGCAGCAGAAGCCCAGGCUGAAAUUCUUCGAGAACAUGUGGCUUCGAUGACUAUCAUGCACACACCAUAUCCGACUGCGCACAAAGACUGCCGGGUGCAGUGCCGCUGUACGUAUAGUAAGUAUCAGGUCGUUUGCAGCAGCUACACCAACCAAAUAACAGGCUGAGUUUACAAGACUGCUCUCAACACCAGCCUUUUAAUAUCGUCUAGCUCGCUUCAACGAAGUCGAAGAGAUUUCUUUGAAUUGAGACUGCCGGCGGAGGAUAAGCAGAGAGAAUGUUGAAAUUGAUAGUUGCAUCAAGCGCUUCCUUGGUUGACGAUGCGAUGCUAGGAAAGGAGCAAGUGCAUCAACACGACGAUGCUUCAUCUGUAAUGACCAACCUGUCAGAGGAACUUGUUCUCGGUGCUCAGCAGAUCCAAAAACUGUUUCGGGUUGUGACCGAGGGUAUUCCCAAUCAGAUGAAUAUCGCCUCCGUACUCACCUUGCUGGCCACUUUUAGUGGUGAUACAGGAGCGGAAAGUGGAGGACCCUCGCAGCAUGCAGCCACCGCGAGCAACUUCUCGCUGGGGCUGGCACAGGCAUCUCAGCACAACAAGAGGCACUUUUCCUUUUCCAAUCGCGACUACAAGCACCUCUUCGAUGACAGUACAGGUGCUGACAAUGUGGCUGCCGCCUCCAGUUUGAAGCGACGAGAGGUUCGUUUUGAAGACGAAUUUGUACCUCUCGUGGCGCAGUUGCUUCACGAGGCGGGCAUUGGAGAUCCGUUCUGCAAAGUGCACCUUCAAGAAACCUUCUCCGUCCUGCGCGACUUUUUUCGCUCUUCCGCAGCGCCCAGAGUGCAAGAAGAUGUCUUGUAUGAGAACUUUGUCGCCGCCCUCCGGGCUUUUUCCAUCAAGAAAAAACUGGACACGCCCUUGCUGCAAGUCGUCACGGCGUGUGUGCUCUGACAUCAAGUGUCGUAUCAAAAGAAAAGGAAGUUAUUCGUUGUUGUAUCUGUUCUGUAUGUAAUCUAUCAGUCUUUGCAUCCUCUAGCAGUUCAGAGUCAAGCUCGAGAUCUCUGCAGUCGCGCUAGUUUCUACAUCGAUGCAAACGAGAAUGAAUGUGGUCUCAUAGGCAAAUACCUAUCCGAAACCGCAGAGACGAGAAAUAUCAAAACUUACCAAG